AUCUUUUUAUUUCGCAGUCACGUUUCGUCGCCUUUGUGCAAAUUUACUGUGCCUGAUUUUUGUGUGGAAUUUUUUUUAUUUCAAGAACUUCUUAGAUAAUUUUGAGGAUGGAAGACAGAGUUGCGGCAGUUUUUAAAGGCACGACCGUCUUCAUAAGCGGCGGCACAGGCUUCAUCGGCAAAGUGCUGAUCGAAAAGCUGCUGAGAUGCUGUCAGGUCAAGCAGAUCUUCGUCCUCAUUCGCAGGAAGAAGGGCAUGUCGAUCAACGAACGCAUCAACCACAUGUUCAAGAAUCCGCUGUACGACACGUUGAGGGAGAGGGAUCCGGAGGCGUUCAAGAAGUGCACCGGCAUGUCGGGGGACGUUUGCGAGCCGAAUCUGGGCAUGUCGCAGUAUUUCAGGAAUCUGGUGAUCAACGAGGCCGAUUUCAUAUUCCAUUCGGCCGCCACGACCAGGUUCGACGACACCGUCAAGUACGCCGUCACCAUGAACACCAGGGGGACUAAAUUUAUGCUGGAUCUGGCCAAGGAGUGUAAAAAACUAAAAUUAUUUGUUCAUUUAUCCACUGCCUACGCGUUUCCCCAAGAAAAAGUGUUGGGGGAACGCCGCUACGAACCGCCAGCGAACCCGCACAGCGUCAUCGAAAGCCUGGAAUGGAUCAAGGACGACGCGUCUGAUAAGCUGACCAAAGAAAUCCUUCAAAACACCCCCAACACAUACACCUUUUCGAAGGCCUUGGCCGAAGAACUGGUCAACGAACAGGUGGGCAAGUUGCCCGUGUUGAUACUGCGUCCCUCGUUGGUGGUACCGAUCUUUGACUCACCUCUUAAAGGAUGGGUGAACAACUUGCAGGGACCGAUGGGGCUGUUCGUGGGCGCGGGCAAGGGGGUGAUCAGGUCCAUGUACAUGAACCCCAACGCGUACGCCAACCUCAUCCCCGUCGAUGCGGUGGUGAACAUAAUAUUGCUGAUGACCAGGGAAAAACUAACCAAGAAACUGGACGGACACAUAUAUAAUGCGGUGGUUCCGAAGGAGGAUAACAACAGGACAUGGCAGGAAAUUAUUGAUACCGGAAGAAAGAUCGUGGAGGAGGAAGUACCGUUCAACAUUGUACUUUGGUAUCCCGGAGGAAGCAUUCAAACUAAUAAAUAUGUGCAUUUGUUUAAUUUCUACAUGUUUCAACUUAUUCCUGCUAUUUUUGUUGACAUAUUACUCUAUAUUUUAGGUUACGACCCCAUAUUGUACACAUCACAAAGAAGGAUACAAAAGGCAGCUUCAAUGUUUGAGUUUUACACUGGAAGAAGCUGGGACUUUGACAAUUCGGCAGAAAUGGUGCGGGAUGGGAUGAACGAGAUUGAAACGAAGUUAUAUCGAAUCGAUUCUAAAAAUUUCGACGUCCACGACUACCUUGUGAACUGUAUGAUGACUGUUAAAAGAGUCAAUCUCCAUGAACCACUUGAAUACUUGCCCAAAGCCCAAAGAAACCUAAAAAUAUUAUAUUAUGUGGACCGAUUUUGCAAGGGUAUGUUUUUCGUGAUGGUGUUUUAUUAUAUUUUCAAGUUGGUUGUACAUCUCAUGUCAUAGAAUUGCAGAUAUUUUUUGGUGUGGGUUUGGUGACAAACGUUUUUUACUUGUAAAUUAUUUGUUUUAAUAAAAGUGCGAAAUGAA